AUGGAAUUUGAGGCUUCUGAUAAGCUAAAAAUUUGUGAUGCUGAUGGAAACUUAAAUGUUAAAUGGCUUGCAUCAUGUGCGAAAAGUCCGUUGUGUUCGGAAGUUUUGGAAGUGAAGGAAACUGUUUCUAGUGAAGAUUUUGAACUUGAAGAUGUUGAUGAUGAUGAUGUUGCUUUGUUGCCAAGGUAUACUCCGAUUUCGAGUUUGGGAACAUGUAGUGGUAAAUUUGAUGGUUCUGUUAAGAAGAGGCUAUUUGAUGACAGUGAUUCCUUGCAUAUUUCUGCUAAGAAAUCGAAGGUGUUAUUGUAUGAUGUUCGCGACGAAUAUGAAGAUGAAGAUGGUGAUCCAUUGUCGGAUGGAACUAAAAAGUUGGGAAAAUCAGUUGAUAAAUCAUUUUCGUCGUUGAAGAAAGAACUUGAGUUUGUUGAAAAAUCAUUUGAGGAAUGUAAAAGGAAGAGGAAAGAAGAAGAGAAGAGACUGGAGUCUGUAAAGAGAGAUAUCGAGGAGUGUAGCAGAGAGCUUGUAAAUAAGAAGACGCAAUUUAGUUGUGUUAGAAGAAUUAACGAAGUUCACAGCAAACUACAGGGGAAGAUUGAAGAAUGUGUCGAUGAUUUUGUACUAAAGGAAAUACAACUUUAUUUGAUGGAGCUCUUGAUUCAAGAGCACAAGCAAGAGCUCAAGAUGAAAGUGACGGAUCAAGCUAAAGAAAUCAUUUCAAAAGAAAUAGAACUUCGUCAAGUUAUUGAUGAGGACCGUGGACGGGAGGAAGAGGAACUCAAGGCUCUUUCCCAAAAGAUUGCUGAAUGUAUUGUUGAACGUGAGACCAAAGAGAAGGAGCUUGAUGCAAUGAAAAUAUCAAUUGAUGAACAAGGGGAAAGAUUAGAGUCUGAAAGGAAGAAGUUACUGAAGAUAAUUUCAGUAAGGAAUACUAGCCAAGCUCAAAUGAAGGAGUUUGAGUCAAUGAAGAAACAAUUUGAAGAUGAGGUUAAGGAACUUGAGUCAACAGAGAAGCAAUGUAAAAGACGGGUGGAGGUGCUUCGGUCAAAGGAGACGCAAUUAGAAGUACGAGUAAAGGAGUUAGAAUCAAGAGAGAAGAAGCUUGAAGGACAUGUGAAGCAGUUUGAAUCUAAGGUUGAGGAACUUGAAGGUCGUAUGAAGGAGCUUGAAUCAGAAAAGAAGCAUUUUGAAAACUGGGGGAAGGAACUUGCAUCGAAAGAGAAGCAAGUUGAAGGAAGAGCAAUGAAGCUAGAGUCAAAAAAGAUGCAAGUUGAAGGGUGGAUGAUGGAGGUUGUAUCUAAGGAAGAGAAAUUUGAAGGCCAAGUGAAAGAGUUGGAGUCAAAACAGAAACAUUUUGAAAUCCGAACAGAGGAGCUUGACUCGAAAGAGAAGCAACUUGAAAGCCGAUUGAAGGAGCAUGAAUCAAAAGAGAGAGAGCUUGAAAGCCAAGUGAAGGAACUGGAAUCUAAAAAGAAGCAUUUUGAAAGACAAGUCAAUGAGUUAGAGUCAAAAGAGAACCAGUUUGUAGGACAAUUGAAGGAGUUUGAAUCCAAAAAGAAGGAAUUUGAAGUCAACCUGAAUCAGUUGGUAAAGGAACUGGUAUCAAAACAGAAGCAUUAUGGUAAUCGAACGAAGGUGCUAGAAUCUAAAGACAAACAACUUGAAGAAAGAGUAAAGGAACAUGAAUCAAAAGAGAGGGACUUUGAAGACCAGAUGAAGGAGUUUGAAUCCAAAAAGAAGCAUUUUGAAAUCCAAGUGGGGGAGCUUAAAUUGAAAGGACAACUUCAGGAUGGAUUCGAAGGACGAGUGGAGGACCUGGAAUCAGAAAAUAAGCAAUUUAAAAGCCGGGUGAAGGAGCUCGAAUGCAAAGAAAAGCAAUUCGAAAAACAAAUGAAGGCACUUCAAAUAAAAGAGGCAGAAUUUGAAAGGCAAGUCAAGGAAUUUCAAUCAAAGGAGAAAUUUGAAGAACAAGUCAAUGAUCUUGAGUCAAAGCUAAAUAAAUUUGGUGGAAAACUUAAGGAGUCUGAGCUGACAAAGAAACAACAUGAACCGUUGAAAAAACAUUUUGAUAAGGGAAAAGAACCAGUUGCAUCUUACAUGGAUGAUCAAUUAAGUCCUACUAUGGAUGGAACAAGCUUGCAGUUGGACACAAAUGAGAAAACUGAUGGAGUUGAGUCACUUUGCAAUGACAUUUUAGUUCAUCUGCAAGAGUCAUCAGAUCCGUCAAGAAUUGUUUUGAAUAUAUUACAGAACCCUAGUGUUCCACGGUGUAGAGAGGGAGAUAAUGAUGUGAUUAUUGAUUGUAGCUGCAUCUGUCUGCUAGAGCAACUGAUGAGAAUCUCACCAAAUAUUAAACCUCGUGUAAGAGAAGAAGCAUUGAAGCUAGCACUUGAUUUGAAAGCUAAGAUGAAAGGAAAAACUGAAAAUUCUUUGGUGAUUCUUGGUUUUCUACUGAUUUUGUCAAUUUAUGGAUUGCUUCCUUCUUUUAAUGAACAUGAUGUUUUGGACCUUUUUGCGUUUGUUGCUCACCACAAGAUAGCUAUGAAGCUGUUUGAGAGUCUGGGUUUUGCAAAUAAAGUUUAUGAAUUUGUUGAAAAUCUAAUCAGGAGGAAGCAAUUUGUUGUAGCUGCUAAAUUCAGUUGUGCAUUUAACGUGUCUGACAAGAAACAGUUAGUUGAUAUGUUGCUAGAGCACGUUCAGAAUGCCAAACUGAUUUGCGAGAUCCAUUGUGAGGAAACCAACUCCAUUGAAAUCAAGGAUAAGGCCAGAGAUGAAGAAAUUGCUAGUCUGGAAACUGUUCUACAAUGCAUUUCAGAUAACGAGAGCCUAGAAUCUGAGGAUCUGCUUGACAAGAUUCAAAAUCGUAUUCUUGAGCUAAAAGCACGAAAAGGCAAAUAG